GUGGGAGGCAGGCCGGCAGGCAGACGGACUCGCAGGCGGGUGGCGGCGGCCGUGCUUGCUAGUGAGGGCGGGAGGGAGUGACUCACUGAGCGUGUGUGAGGGAGGGAGCGAGCGAGCGAACGAGCAGCCGGCGCCGUCCUCCCGCAGCACCAGCCAGGCCACGCCGCCGCCUCUUCCCCUGCGCCCCGCGCCCAGGCCGGGCCGAGCCGAGCCGGGUCGGGCCCGGGCCAUGCUGCUCACCGUGUACUGUGUGCGGAGGGACCUCUCCGAGGUGACCUUUUCCCUCCAGGUCGACGCCGACUUCGAGCUGCACAACUUCCGCGCGCUGUGCGAGCUCGAGUCUGGCAUCCCCGCAGCCGAGAGCCAGAUCGUCUAUGCGGAAAGACCUCUCACAGACAACCACAGAUCAUUGGCUUCUUAUGGCUUGAAAGAUGGGGACGUUGUGAUUUUACGACAGAAGGAGAAUGCAGACCCUCGACCUCCAGUGCAGUUCCCAAACUUACCCCGAAUAGAUUUCAGUAGUAUAGCUGUGCCUGGCACAUCAAGUCCCCGGCAGCGCCAGCCACCAGGAACACAGCAGUCCCACUCAUCUCCUGGAGAAAUAACUUCAUCUCCUCAGGGCUUGGACAAUCCAGCCUUGCUCCGAGAUAUGUUACUGGCCAACCCGCAUGAGCUGUCCUUGCUGAAGGAACGCAAUCCACCCCUGGCAGAAGCUCUGCUCAGUGGAGACCUUGAGAAAUUUUCUAGAGUCCUGGUGGAGCAGCAGCAGGACCGAGCCCGGAGAGAGCAAGAAAGGAUUCGUCUGUUUUCUGCUGAUCCCUUUGACCUUGAAGCUCAGGCAAAGAUAGAAGAAGAUAUAAGGCAACAGAACAUUGAGGAAAACAUGACAAUAGCUAUGGAAGAGGCUCCGGAAAGUUUUGGCCAAGUAGUGAUGCUUUAUAUUAACUGCAAAGUGAAUGGACAUCCUGUGAAAGCCUUUGUUGACUCAGGUGCCCAGAUGACUAUUAUGAGCCAAGCUUGUGCAGAAAGGUGUAAUAUAAUGAGACUGGUGGACCGUCGGUGGGCAGGGAUUGCCAAAGGAGUGGGCACCCAGAAGAUUAUUGGAAGGGUACAUCUAGCUCAGGUUCAGAUUGAAGGAGAUUUUUUGCCAUGUUCCUUCUCUAUACUUGAGGAACAGCCCAUGGACAUGCUUCUGGGACUGGACAUGCUUAAACGGCACCAGUGUUCCAUUGACCUGAAGAAAAAUGUACUCGUGAUCGGCACCACAGGCUCCCAGACCACCUUUCUUCCUGAGGGAGAGCUACCAGAGUGUGCCCGGUUGGCAUAUGGGGCUGGAAGAGAGGAUGUACGGCCAGAGGAGAUUGCAGACCAAGAAUUAGCAGAAGCCCUUCAAAAAUCAGCAGAGGAUGCAGAGAAAAGUGGUAAAGAAUCUACCUCACUGGGAAUGUCAUCAUUACCAACUUCAGAUGGGUUUAACCAUCCCGCCCGUUCUUCAGGACAGAGUCCUGAUGUUGGUAAUCCUAUGAGUCUUGCUCACUCUGUCUCUGCUUCAGUCUGCCCUAUCAAGCCUAGUGACUCAGAUCGCAUUGAACCUAAAGCUGUGAAGGCUUUGAAGGCUUCAGCUGAAUUCCAGCUAAACUCUGAAAAGAAAGAACAUCUUUCUUUACAAGAUCUUUCUGAUCGUGCUUCCUCAGCAGACCAUGCUCCAACAGACCAGAGUCCAGCUAUGCCUAUGCAGAAUUCAUCCGAAGAAAUAACUGUUGCAGGUAAUCUGGAGAAAUCUGCUGAAAGAAGCACCCAGGGCCUCAAAUUUCAUCUCCAUACAAGACAGGAAGCUAGUUUAUCUGUCACAUCUACUAGGAUGCAUGAACCACGGAUGUUUCUAGGUGAAAAGGAUUGGCAUCCAGAAAAUCAGAACCUGAGUCAAGUGAGUGACCCUCAUCAGCACGAAGAACCAGGGAAUGAACAGUAUGAGGUUGCACAACAAAAAGCUUCACAUGACCAAGAAUAUCUUUGUAACAUAGGGGACCUUGAGCUUCCUGAAGAAAGGCAACAGAAUCAACACAAAAUUGUUGAUUUGGAAGCUACGAUGAAAGGAAAUGGUCUCCCACAGAAUGUGGAUCCUCCAAGUGCGAAGAAAAGUAUUCCAUCUUCAGAAUGCAGUGGCUGCUCAAAUUCAGAAACAUUUAUGGAAAUCGAUAUAGCUCAACAGUCCCUAGUUACUUUGCUUAAUUCAACAGGCAGGCAGAAUGCCAAUGUCGAGAACAUUGGUGCAUUGGAUCUCACUUUAGAUAAUCCCUUGAUGGAAGUAGAAACAUCAAAAUGUAACCCUUCAUCUGAAAUUUUGAAUGAUUCCAUUUCCACUCAGGAUUUACAGCCCCCAGAAACUAAUGUUGAAAUACCUGGAACAAAUAAAGAAUAUGGCCAUUACUCCUCCUCUCCAAGUCUCUGUGGCAGUUGUCAGCCCUCUGUGGAGUCAGCAGAAGAAUCUUGCCCAUCUAUAACGGCAGCCUUGAAAGAACUUCAUGAACUUUUGGUUGUUAGCAGUAAACCAGCUUCAGAAAAUACAUCUGAAGAAGUAAUCUGUCAAUCAGAAACCAUAGCUGAGGGCCAAACCAGUAUUAAAGACCUUUCUGAAAGAUGGACCCAAAAUGAGCAUCUUACCCAGAAUGAACAGUGUCCACAAGUCUCCUUUCAUCAGGCCAUAUCUGUAUCAGUGGAGACAGAAAAAUUAACAGUUACUUCAUCUGACACUGGAAGAGAAGCUGUAGAAAAUGUAAACUUCAGGAGUCUAGGUGAUGGCCUGUCAACCGAUAAGGAAGGUGUCCCCAAAUCUAGGGAAUCCAUAAACAAGAACAGUUCUGUCACUGUAACCUCAGCUAAAACAUCCAAUCAGUUACACUGCACCUUAGGUGUAGAAAUUUCACCCAAACUUUUAGCAGGUGAGGAGGAUGCACUCAAUCAGACUUCUGAGCAAACUAAGUCUUUGUCAUCCAAUUUCAUAUUGGUUAAAGACUUAGGUCAGGGCAUACAGAAUUCAGUAACAGACAGGCCUGAAACCAGAGAAAAUGUCUGUCCUGAUGCUUCGAGGCCGUUACUUGAAUAUGAACCACCUACCAGCCAUCCAUCAUCAAGUCCUGCCAUUCUUCCACCAUUGAUUUUUCCUGCCACAGAUAUUGACCGGAUUCUCCGUGCUGGCUUUACUUUGCAGGAAGCUCUUGGAGCUUUGCAUCGAGUUGGUGGGAAUGCAGACCUUGCACUUCUUGUUUUGCUCGCAAAAAACAUCGUAGUUCCUACAUGACUAUGGGAAAGUGGGCUAGACCGUUCUCCAUUCCCUUUAAACAAAAGAAAGCUCUCUCUAUAUACACGCACACAUACACACUCACCACAUAUACAGUAUAUAUAGAAACCUGCAAGCAGAAUGUUGAGCCAGAUUUUUUUUAAAGAUUUUUUUCGGCCAAAGUAAUUUAUGAUCUUUUGUCUGAUGAAUUUGUCCAUCCUACUUGUUAAAAUUUAGGCCUUUUUAAAUGUAUUGGCAGUAUGUGCAUACAGAAGCUUUUUAUUCUCAUUAAGAUGUAUCCUGGAAUAAAAUGGAUGGUUUUGUGUGUAGCAUACUGUUUUAGAAUGAGAGUAAAUGCUUUGAAAAGCAGAAGCCAUGAGAAAUCCCACUACCCAUCCAGCUAAAAACAGAUGAACUCUCCACACUGUGACUGUGUGUCUGUGCUGAUGGCAAGGUAUGGUUUGCUGGCUCAGUUGUCAAUUUAGAAACUUUUGACCACAUAGUUUGGUGUUUGGAAUUCUACCCAGUGCUCUGUGUAUCAUGAUUCAUUAAUUAUAACAGGAAAUUGGAGAAUAAUUGAAUAUCUUAUCGUAGAGUGGUAUGUUUUUAUUUGUGUGCUUAGGAUUUGACAUUUUAAUAGGGCGAGCAGGAGGGUUUAAAUCUUGGGCUACUUUGUGCAUCGCAGGCUGCUGCAUGGAUUGCCAUGAAUCCUUAUUACAUUGGAUGGGAUAUUGUCGGGGAGUUACAAUGCAAGUGAAACAUGGUGCUACCCAGAUUUUUAAAAGAACAGAACAACCAUAAUUCCAUUUGCAGAUGUCAAGAACUGUGAGGGAAAAAUAAUGGCCUAAACACUGGAAUUUGCUAGAGUUUGGGUUUGCUAGCAUCUCACUGAUAACACCUCAACCCUUAAUGACUAAUGGUGGACUUAAGUUCAAGAAUGGAUUGAUUGCCAGCAGCUUAUUUCCUUUCUAGACUCUUCUGCCAGGAAGUUCUUCAAACGCUCAGUGUGAGCUGUGAUCUGAGUGAAAUACUAAGUGUGAUAACCUUGUCACUGGUUAAUCGUGGUGCUUGGAACGGUCAGUCUACUUGGAGAGUGUCCUUUGUGGCAGUGGAAAUAGUAAUUACAGUUUCUGACUUAAGUGGCCUUGGUAGAGUUUUCCAUCCUUUUCUUUCCUCAGGAGUUUCUUUUUUAAGCAAAGUUCAUCUUAUUUGUGUUUACCAUGUCAAGUUAGAGUGGGGCAUAAUAUAUAGAUGUAUUUAUUGUGGCCUUUUUUUAUAUAAGGACUAGCCCUUGGAAAUCAUUGUCCUGUGGGCCCCACUGUGCAAUAAUCCUACUGGAUAGGUUUUAGAUAAUUCUUUCCUGGCAAACUGCUCUUUUGGGUACCUAGCAGGAAUCUGAAGUCUUGGUUUUAUUGAAAAUAAUUUUGAGAUUCAUAAUUUCUGAUUCUAGAUUAUAGUUUGUAACAUGUUUGAAACAGAAGCUUCGAAAGAGUGAUUUCUCAACUUAGUGUUAAAUGAUUUUGUCUGAAGUCUGACUCUUUGUAAGCUUGUUUGUUUCAUCAAAUUUUAAGUCAUUGAGCACAAUCAAAAUGGAGGCUCAUAUCUCAGGAGUUUUUGAAAUUUUAAUUUAGGGGCACUUAGAGACAUUUUUUUCUACCCCAUCCAACUUCUUUCUUUCCUUUUGCUAUGAUGUUUGUAUGUAUGUUAUAAGACUUUAGUGACGGGAUGGCGUGUCACGUAGAUUCAUCAUGAUCCUUUAUGUAGUUAGGAAAUGGUUGACAGAAGGAGUUGUAGUUUACCGCUUUUCAGAGGGCGCUAAGAACAACAGGUCAGCCAGGUUGUCUUUAAGAUGUUCUUUUAGACAGCUGCACAUUGUAGACCCUUUCACCUGCCCUACACCAAAGAUGUACGAUGCACUAGGAAACUGCUCAUAGGAUUUCUGUCAACUGACUUAAAGCUGUGAUUGUAAUUAAAUAGUUGGUGCUAUGAUUGAUGCAAAAUCUAGUAGCAAUGCAAUGGGACCCUGUAUUUGCUUUAUGGGUGGUGGUUUGGGAAUGUAUUCUAAGCUUAUAAAUCUUUGGAACCAUGGGGUGGGAAGGGUGGGGGAACUUACUGAUGACAAUAGACUCCCUCCUAAAGGGCCUUCCGUGUAAGCAGAACGAACCUUGGCACACAAUUCAGUGUGGAGAUUUGGGAAACAGUUCCAAGUGGAACAUAUAAUAUCAGUCGGGAAAAGAUUUCAUUAGGAUAGCUUUUUGUGUAUGUAUAUGUGUAUUUAUUUUUAGGAAUAGAUCUAUAGUUGUACACGAAUUCCCGUUAGGAAUACUCUGAAUGAGCUUAACCCACUUGCCAAAUAUCCUUGUCCCUUCCAUCAUUUUAUUUUUGAGAUGGGGUCUUGCAGUGUUGCCCAGGCUGGACUCAAACUCUGGGGCUUAGUCAUCCUUCUGAGUAGCUGGGACUGCAUAAAGGCCAAAGUAUAAUUGCUUUUGAUUUUUAAAAUCUUCUUGCCCAUCAUUUUUAUAAAAAUUAAGCUGUUUGUCCAACAUGGUGAAACCUCGUCUCUACUAAAAAUACAAAAAAUUAGCUGGGCAUGGUGGCACACGCCUGUAAUCCCAGCUACUUGGGAGACUGAGGCAGGAGAAUUGCUGGAACCUGGGAGAUGGGGGUUGCAGUGAGCCUAGAUCGCGCCACUGCACUCCAGUGUGGGCGGCAGAGCGAGACUCUGUCUCACUCCCCCCCAAAAAAAAAGCUAUUGACACUGUUAAUAUUUUGGAUGACUUAAAUGUAGCAGCUCUAGAAUGCAAAGGGUAUAUUAAGGAGCAUUACAAUAGUGAACCUUCAUUGUCAGCUUUUAUUCAAUUAAGAGCUCCAGAAAUGCAGAAAUUAUGGGUUAACUUCUAAGAAUACCAUCAAAUCCUUGUGAAUUCUCGUUGCCAACAGUAAUAACCAGUAAUGGGCACCUUUACCGGACAGCUCCUUUACCAUAACCAGUAGUGGGCAGUUCUGCGGUCAGCACUUAACUACAAGGGCGGUCUCUGUUUCUUCACCAGAGAGAGAUUUUCCUGUGUAAUUUGUGCCAUUUCCCUGAAGUUGGUUCUUGAGCGGAAAGAUGUGCUUGGUAACCAGACAGCAGCUUUACAUAGGUUAUAGAUUUUGCUCAUUGAUGCUGUUGAGAAUUAUUUCCACUCAUACCUGUUCAGGGCUCCAGACAGCCAAUAGCCUUCAUCCCACAGUUUGGGCUUCAGCUAUUAACACAUAAAGAUAACUAGUUGCAGCUGGGCGCGGUGGCUCACGCCUGUAAUCCCAGAACUUUGGGAGGCCAAGGUGGGUGGAUCACCUGAGGGCAGGAGUUUGAGACAGGCCUGGCCAACAUGGUGAAACUCCAUCUCUACUAAAAAUACAAAAAUUAGCCAGGCAUGGUGGCCCAUGCCUGUAAUUCUAGCUACUCGGGAGGCUGAGGCAGGAGAAUCACUUAAACCUGAGAGGCGGAGGUUGUGGUGAGCAGAGAUCAUGCCAUUGCACUCCAGCCUGGGCAACAAGAGCAAAACUCUGUCUCAAAAAAAAAAAAAAAAAAAAACCAGUUGCUUGGCAAAGGAAGCUGGAGAGACGGCGAGUGCAUGUGUUAAAACUCUUCUGCCUUGCAGCCCGUAUCUUCUAGAGCUCCCUGUCUUCAUAUGUACUAAGGGGAGACACAACCCUAUGUGUUUUUUCCCAAAGCAUGUCUCUAGCAAGAGGGUACACAGAAAUGGAAUAUGAGGCUUUUUGUCACUGAUUUUAUGAUAACCAGUUAAUGUGGAAUCUGCUGGUUGUCUUACUACAGCUUUCUAUCUCCGGUGAAAGCCAUAAAAAUUUAGGUUAACUUUUAAGCUCAUGUCUAUAUAUAUGUGUGUAAGCUAGCAUAUACAUAUGGUGAUUGACAAAUAUAGUUAAUUUUAUAUAGAUUUAAAAGCAAGCAAUUUUUAUAUCUACAGACGUACUCUUCACUUAUGGUGGCUUUUAUCCCGCCACAUAUAUAAAUAUAUAUAUAUAUAGCAAACAGCCUUGCAAAUCAUCAGCCAGAAAAGCUGCAGGGCGUUGCAAUGGCCUUUUCCUACCUGUUUGCCACCUGUGGUGAGGGUGAGCAGGAUGAUUGAACUGCUGCAUAUUUCAAACCUGUUAUCACUGGCAGUGUGUCCGAAGAGAAGCUGACCAGAUUAUGCAUUCUACUGUUCUCUAGCACAAGUACUCACCAAAAAGCCAAAUUUCCCCUUUGGAUUUGGUGACUUAGUGUAGUCUGUGGCUGACCUAGAAAGACACAGAGUUAUCAAGAGUUUCCCUUCCUAGAAGAUGAAUGUUACCUUUUGUGUUAGGAGGUAGAGAAAAUAAAAAUAGCUUUUUUUUUUCUAGAAUUGCUAAUUCCUCUUAACAACAAAUUAAAUUCAAAGCCUGUCCUUGAGAACUGGAAAUGUAAAAUCAUGGUUCAAGUUUUAUACCUUAGUGAUUCCUCAGUAGGUGUUACUAGGAGUUCACUGAAUGAACUUAGGAGUGAACCUUCGAUGUGCUUGAUUUUCUUUUGUGCCUUAGUUUCUCUGAAUAGCAGAGGCAUCAAAUUUUGGUGGGGAAUGAGAGGAGUAUUAGGGGAAAGUUUGAAAAUAGCUCUCCUGGAGAUGGAGGGCGCACAGAGUGGUCCUCAGGCUCACCUUGACUGAGUUGAUUCACAGUUACCCUGCAUCAGACCCGUUAGAGUUCUUUAGUGCUAUGAUUAUAAUAGGGAUUUUUGUGUCACCAAAAACAGUUUUUAGAUGAUUAUGUUCUUUGUUUUACUCUCAGUGUUGUGCUGGUUAAGGGAGAGAAAAGUUCAAGAAGAUCUUACAUAUUUGAAAGGAAACUGGUACUCUUGAAGGCUAUGCAGCAUGAGUCUUUGAACAAGAAUUCCUUGCUACUUUGAUUCAUUCAUCAAAUACUGAGUGCCUGUGUGCCAGGCACAGGUGAACUCUGGGGAUUCGGGGGUAACUAAAACAGAUUGGAACCCUGCCCUUGUGAAGCUUUCAGUCUAGAAGGGAGACGUGAAACAAAUUUUAGCUUCAAAAGCAACAUCUAUUUUUGCCUGUUAGCAUGCAUUUAUUUUAAAAGUCAUAUUAGAGUUACCUGGUUCCGCUUCAGAGCAGACUGGGAAAAUCAGGCUUACAAUGGAAUCAGAUGCUGUGGGCCUAAAACAGCUCUUUAAAAAUCUAUUUUUUUAGGCCAGGUGCGUUGGCUCACACCUGUAAUCCCAGCACUUUGGGAGGCCAAGGUGGGUGGAUAUGAGGUCAGGAGGUCGAGACCAGCCUGGCCAAUAUGAUGAAACCUUACCUCUACUAAAAAUAAAAAAUUAGCCGGGCAUGGUGGCACAUGCCUGUAGUCCCAGCUACUCGGGAAACUGAGGCAGAAGAAUCGCUUGAACCCGGGAGGUGGAGGUUGCAGUGAGCCAAGAUCACGCCACUGUACUCCAGCCUGGGCAAGAGUGAGACACCGUCUCAAAAAAAAAAAAAAAAAAAAAAAAUUUUUAAA